CUCCAAUCUCCAAUUCAAGUCAUCAACAGCUUCACCUUCGAGACCAGCACCACCACCAUCGUUCUCAACAUUCCUCUUCGUCGAGCCAAUUGGCCUUCCCCCCCUCCACAGGGAAUGCAUUAGACCUUACCCGACCAUCCCUAAUUCCCAGAACCAUGAAAUCUCCCAUCGCCCUCCUCCUAGCCGUCGGCUUAGCCUCGGCCGCACCCCCGCAGACUCCCUUGUCUCUGUCCUCCUCCCCAUCCGACAUCAUUGAUGCCUCUCCAUUCCUCUCGUUCCACCGCGCCCUUGUCCAGAUUCCCUCAGUCUCGGGCAACGAGUCCGCCGUGGGGUCCUUUGUGGCCGGCUUCCUCGAAUCGCACAACUUCACUGUCAUCAAACAGCCCGUACCAUCGUCUUCCCACGGCAACACCAACCGCUUCAAUAUCUUCGCCUACCCAUCCGAUUCCCCCUCCAAGGAUCGGCCUGAAAUCCUCUUGACUAGCCACAUCGACACUGUGCCCCCCUUCAUCCCCUACUCUCUUCAUGACGAUGCCGACAGCAACAGGGAUAUCCUCAUCGCGGGCCGUGGCACCGUAGACGCCAAAGCCAGUGUUGCUGCUCAAAUCUUCGCCGUCCUCGACACUCUCCGCGCUAACCCAACCGCUAGUCUAGGCCUCCUUUUCGUCGUUGACGAAGAAGUCGGCGGUCUGGGCAUGCGCGUCUUCUCCGAGUCACCCCUCAACCCAUCCCCCUCCCCCUUUCACACCGUCAUCUUCGGCGAACCCACCGAGCUGGCGCUCGUCGCCGGCCACAAAGGCAUGCUCGAGUUCCCGCUUAUCGCGACAGGCAAAGCUGCUCACUCGGGCUACCCAUGGCUUGGCCAGAGCGCCAUUUCCGCGAUCCUGCCCGCGUUGUCCCGUGUCGACACCCUGGGCAACAUUCCUGCAGAGGAGGGCGGUCUCCCCGCCAGCGACAAGUACGGUCGUACCACCGUGAACAUCGGGCGCGUGGAUGCCGGCGUCGCAGCCAACGUGGUGCCUGCGUCCGCAUUUGCAGAGGUCGCCAUUCGUCUGGCGUCGGGGACGCCCGACGAGGCGCGGGAAAUCAUCGCGCGUGCGGUAAAGAAUGCCACCGGCAACGAUGAGCAUGUCUACUGCGAUUUUACGGCACGCAGCGCGGGGUAUCCUCCUCAGGACCUGGAUACCGAUGUGUCCGGGUUCGAAGUUAUCACGGUGAACUAUGCGACCGAUGUGCCGAACUUGAAGGUCUCGGAGGGCGUCAGGCGGUAUCUGUAUGGACCGGGGAGUAUCCAUGUCGCGCACGGUGAUAACGAGGCCAUCACCAUCGGUCAGCUAGAGGAGGCGAUCGAUGGGUAUAAGCGGUUGAUUGAGGCUGCUGUUCAGCGGACUCGUGCGAAUUAGCUGGCCAUGAUGCAUGAUGCAUAAUGAGAUCAAAUUAACGCUUGACUUCGCCAUGUACCUGUAUAUAUAGACUACCCCUAUAGGCUUAGAUAGACAGCACGACCAUGUUCUUGACAUGUGGUUGGCAGUGUACUAUACAAUAUUAUACCGACAU